AUGGCACAGACGAACAGCUUUCAUCGACUUUUUUUGAUGGCACUAUGCAGUAUGCUGUGUACCAGGACCAUGAGUCUACCUGCUGUCGCUGCAUACUCAGUCAGGUCAGGGACUGUUGAGACAGAUGGAAAGGGUGACUGGGAGCAGAGUCUGUCAAUAAAUGACAUGGAAACCCUUAAACUUCUCUAUGAUAUAAUUGCAAGACCAAAAAGACACGCAGAUGGUCUCUUCACAAGUGGCUACAGCAAACUUUUAGGUCAGCUUUCGGCCAAGGACUACCUUGAAUCCUUGAUUGCAAAGCGAGUCAGUAAUGACCUCCUGGAGGACCAGUUUCCAGUAAAACACCAGUCAGACGCUGUGUUUACAGACAACUACAGUCGCUAUGGAAAACAGAUGGCCAUCAAGAAAUACUUGAAAUCAGCGCUGUCAAACAAGAGGAGGUAG